AUGCUUCGCAUCGCUAAGAUUUUUUCAUCAACCGCCCAAAAUAUCAAUAAGGCCAUUGAGGCACCCUUGGCAUUCAACAUCACGUCCAGAUGUUUGGCUACCCAAGCGGCAGUGAAGGUCACGGAAGACAAGCCACGAGAAAAUGCCGUCACGAAGGAGUCUCAAUCUUUUACCAUGAAUCUCUUCCGUGGUCAAUUGCAGUUGAGCCAAGUGUGCCCAUUCCCUGAACCCAUGACUCAGGACCAAACUGAAACGUUAAGAAUGCUGAUUGAUCCCGUGGAAAAGUUCUACGAAGAAGUAAAUGAUCCGGUUAAAAAUGAUCAGAACGCGUACGUGGAUGAGAAAACAACAGCUGCUCUCUGGGAUAUGGGAGCGUUCUCUCUGCAAGUUCCCACGGAAUUUGGCGGAUUAGGAUUAACGAAUACCCAGUACACGCGAAUCGUUGAGAUAUGCGGUUAUCACGAUUUAGGCAUCGGUAUCACACUGGGUGCGCAUCAGAGUAUUGGAUUCAAGGGUAUACUUUUAUACGGCACACCGGAACAGAAAGCUAAGUACCUGCCUCAAGUAAGCAACGGCAAAUUCGCCGCUUUCUGUUUGACGGAACCGAGUUCCGGUUCCGAUGCCAAUUCAAUACGUUCGCGUGCUAUUAAAUCUGCGGAUGGAUCGCACUAUGUUCUCAAUGGUAGCAAGAUAUGGAUUUCGAAUGGCGGCAUUGCCGAAAUCAUGACCGUGUUCGCUCAAACGCCUAUCACGGAUCCAAAAACGGGCGAAACAAAAGAUAGAAUAACCGCUUUCGUUGUGGAGAGAGGAUUCGGUGGUGUCACCAAUGGACCGCCUGAGAAAAAGAUGGGUAUCAAGUGUAGCAAUACGGCUGCGCUCUUCUUCGAGGACGUUAAGAUCCCAGUAGAGAAUGUUCUCGGCAAGGAGGGUGAAGGUUUUAAGGUCGCCAUGAACAUCCUAAACAAUGGGAGGUUCGGUAUGGCUGCUUGUCUAUCUGGUACCAUGCGUUACUGCAUCAACAAAGCCGUGAAUCAUGCAACGCAACGCUUGCAAUUCGGUCGCACAUUGGAUAAUUAUGGUACAAUACAAGAAAAAUUGGGGCGCAUGUCUAUACUGCAUUACAUCACUCAGUCUCUUGCAUAUAUGAUUUCUGGUAACAUGGAUUGCGGAAGCCAAGACUAUCAUCUAGAAGCCGCUAUUUCGAAAUGUUUUGGAUCUGAUUCCGCGUGGUGGGUGUGCAAUGAAGCUAUUCAGAUCUUAGGAGGAAUGGGUUUCAUGCACGAGACCGGUCUAGAACGUGUAAUGCGCGAUUUGCGUAUAUUUCCAAUCUUCGAAGGGACAAACGAUAUUUUGCGCCUGUUCGUGGCGCUUACUGGUAUCCAAUAUGCCGGAAGCCAUUUGAAGGAACUACAGAGGGCGUUCAAGAAUCCUUCCGCGAAUUUAGGAUUGAUUGUUGAGGAAGCCACUAAACGUGCGACUAGAGCAAUCGGUUUGAAAUCGCCGCCUACGUUCGGGAAUUUGGUACAUCCAAAAUUGGCGGAAAGUGCCGCGCUUUGCUCGAGGAGCGUGGAAAACUUUGGUCAAGUUAUAGAGUCUUCUCUUAUCAAAUACGGACGAGGUAUUGUAGACGAACAGUUUAUCCUCAAUAGGAUUGCGCAAGCCGCUUUUGAUACGUAUACAAUGGCGGUUGUUCUAAGCAGGGCGACUAUGUCGUUGAACAAGAAUUUGCCUAGUGCAGAGCACGAGUUGUUAAUGGCACAAACUUGGUGCAUGGAGGCAUCAAACCGUGCUGCAAAUAAUCUACAGCAAGUCAGUUCCGCCAAACAAUUAGAUAUCUUUAGCAACCUAAGUAAAAUUUCGAAAAAUGUAUGCGACGUCGGUGGAUGCGUACAAUUAAAUCCAAUGGGCUUUUAAGACUCGGUCUAUACAUUUUGAGACAUAAUUUGUGAAAUCUUGAAUUUACGCAAGUUUUAUCAGGUUAGAGAUAUUGUUUACCACAGGAGAAAAAGAAGAGAAUUCUUACAAUAUUUCAACUUCGUAA